AUGUCGGGGCAGCACCUCUAUAAGAACCCUGCGGCACAGCCCCGGGCCGCGGGGCGGGAGAGUCGGAGCUGUUGGGCCAUGGAGGCCGCCGAGGCCACGGCGAAGGCGGCCCUGCGGGCACCCAAGUGCUCCCGCUGCCGCAACCACGGCUUCGUGGUGCCGGUGAAGGGCCACGCCGGGCACUGCCGCUGGAAGCUGUGCCUGUGCGACAAGUGCUCGCUCAUCACCGAGCGGCAGAAGAUCAUGGCAGCGCAGAAGGCGCUGAGGCAGCAGGAGCCCGACCCGCCGGCCCGGGCGGGCGCGGACGCCGCUCCCUCGGGCGAGGCUUCUGCGGCGGCGGCGGCCGAGGACGAUGCCCCCGAGCACUGCGGCCUCGAGGGGAAGAAGGGCGCCCAGCCCGACGGCGGCAGCUGCAAAGGCACGGUGUCCUGGGGAUCACCGCCGCCUCCCUUCAGGGACCUCGUUCACCGGGCUUUUCCUCCAGAAUACGCUGUCAACACAGAAUACCUGGAGAGAGAGGCCCCGAAAGUGUACCCUGGGUGUUCUGGGGUGUAUCCUUACCACCCAUUUCCCAUGGGAUUUGCCAUCAGUGAGUCAAGCAGUGGGGAAGCACCACCUCCAGGGAUACCACUUGGUUUCCGACACAUUCCUAGCAACUAUGGGCCAGGGAAUGCAGCUUCUGUAUCAGUUCCAGAUGGAGGUGGAGAUUUCCAUCAAGGAUACUACACUGCUCUGCCUCCCUUCAUCACACCAAGUUUUCUGACAGGGAUUCAUUACAUUCCAACUACCGUUUCACUGAACAUCUUGGCUGAAACAUCCAAGGAAGCACAUGCUACUGAAGCUGACAAUGAGGAUUCAGGGGUGAUGCAGGAACCUGGACAACCACCUUCUUCCCCAGAAGAAACCAGCAGAGACCAACCUGUACACUCUAAACAGUAAAUGGGCUGGAGAAGAGCUGAGAGCAGGCAGCACAGUUUUGCUUUUUGAGGAGAGUGUUAGUUAAUGAGGGUUGAGUGACACUUAGUCACUGAGCAGCUGAACACAACACAGCUAGAAGGGGUUAGUCCCCUGCCUCUCUUUAUGAUCAUGUUAGAGCUACCAGGCUCACAGCUCUGCCUCCUGAGCACUGCAAAGCCCAUGUUCUAGAAUAGGUUUUCCAGUGGAAGCAGCACAUGAUUAUGACUCUGAAUUUGUUCCUUU